CCCUGACGGCGGUUUGACAGGCUCGUGGUGGCUCUCAGCGGGAGCCACCGACGAGGCGUUGCGUGCUCUCGGCCGCUCUGGCGCGCGAUGCACGACAGGGACGCCAUCACUAUCUUGAGAUCCACCCCGGGGAUCCAGCACUGCUGCGCUGCCUUGCUUGCAGCUGUUCCGAAACACCCCCAGGCCUUGGCCCGCUCUCGUUUCAAUUACAUUUACCUCUCGUGGCCAAACCGCCAGCAUGACACUACUCCUAGUGUUUGUACCACAACUCCUCGCUCAGCAUGGCUCUAUUGAGGAAACGCCAGAAGCUCGUGCAAGAGGUGCCUGGGGGACAGAAGAAGAAGCGGAACAGAUUGUUAGACUUCUUCAAGUCCAGGCGGCGGAACACUGGGGAGCAGGAUGAGCAGAUUGCCCCACCACAGGCCUCACUUCCACGCCAAGACACCCAACAGUCGAAGCACGCCGAACCCCUCGAGCAAACUCCUUCAGAUACGCCCAAGAAGGAGGUGUCGACAAGUGGAGUGGACAAUCAACCCACACCAGAACAACUUCCGACUCCCCCUCCAGACGAAACGGUCAGCGAAAAGGACUUGCGGACCCUCUUCUCCGGAGCUCCCCAGUAUACAAUCAUUAGUAGACGAGAUAUACCAGAGCCAACUGCAUCAUGUCCCUGGGAUUCUGGAGCACAGACGCGGAACCUUUCCGACUCGCUUCCUCUGAGCCAUCCUGCCUUCUCUGCAGCUACACUCAGGCCCCACGUAGCACCUUUUGUGGAAAUCGCCCGCGACGAAACGAACGAGCCCUAUGUUGGGUAUAACAUUGAUGUCGUGGAAGUUCCAAGCAUGCUCAGUGCGAACGGAGUAGAGCCGGGGACUGUUGGAUUUGAUCACUUCCUCCAGCUGCCUAUCUCGGAUAAUCUAGACUUAGGUGUAGAAGAGGUGGCCGACAAGAAUGGGCUAUCGGAAGACGUACGGAAUAGAGAGCUGCUGCACAACAACCCCGAAAGGCUUGGCAUUCGAAGCGUCGAUUCAGUCAUGAUCUAUGAGCGAUUGGUUGAAUUUGGUGAGCUAUGGCUGUCUUUGCGGCAAAAUGGCUCUACCAAAACGAUACUGGACAAGCAAUCUUCAGGGGACAUGUACGCCAACCUUUUUGGAAAGUUCCUCUCGCCUCCGCGAUUUGAUGCCGACACCCUUGAUCCCACAGGACUCAAAGUGCAGAUAGAGACUCUGUUGAAUAUACUGAGGCUGAAAGGCAUUUGGUUCGACUUUAGUCUUGUAGAGUGGCGCAUAAGACUUGGGCAAGUUCUAUGGACGGCUGCUGAUGCAGCAGCUGACGACGAGCCUCCGAACAUCAGCAACCCCGAGCAAACAUGGUCAGAUCGAGAUAUUCUUCUCCUUCAGAUAUCCCUGUCUUGUGAACUUCUGGUUCGACUAGACGCCAUCUCCGUCAACUAUGGAGAUGAUACCUCAACACAAGUAACCGCAGAAGAACUACGCAGUUUCACAAGUCUCAAAUCACGGAAGACGGACUGGGAUCUGGUACUCGCUCGUCGCUUUCUGGAGAAUGUUCAAGCUGUCAUAACGACACCAGAAACACCGAGAGAUCAAUCGUCGAGCUUGCGAGGCUUCUUUUCUGCGGUUCUGGCAAAGCCGGAGGAGCGACAAGCAGCCCCUGAACCAGAUGUGCUCCUACUUCCUCGUCAUCAAUCACUACAGCUUUCAGGCCUACUUCACUUUGUGGAAUCCCUUCAGUGGCCCAAUAUCGAUCUUAUCACAGACGAUUUAUCACACAAGCUGGCUAUUCCAGGCUCAUCAAAGGAUGCUAAAAACAAACCUUCCGGUCUUGGUAAAUACUUAGAUCCUGCCACGCCAACAUCUCCCAGCAUAUAUAGCACCCCUCUGGCUUCUCCUCGUUCCGCUAUUAGUGCUAGAAACAGCUACUUUGGCACACCUACCAAACGUCCAGCAUUAAGCCGAGAUAAUACGCAACGAUCUGUACAACUGAGUCCCUCAGCCACAUUGUUCUCGAGCAUAGAGAACAGCGUUGCAAACCCGCUUGACAUAGGUGGUUGGUUGAGCAGAGCGUAUCUGACUGGCCUAAUCUUACCUGGCGAGGCUAUCUCACACUUCCUGAUCUCAACUCUUCUGGAGAACGACAAGCUGGCUAUUUCCGCGCUUGGGGACACAGCAAGUCUCUACGGCGGUUUCUUAUACGCGGAGAGGUGCUGGUGGAGCAAGACUUGCGUUAUUGGUCGUGUCCUAUCAUGCAUUGACGGCGCCGUCGAAUGCAUGGGCUGGAUAUCAAUUCCCCGUCUACCGUCAGCUCACGUCGACGGCUGGGUCACCACGUCAAGCAAACAACCCCCUCCAGAUAAAGAACCACUCAUAAAGAAUGGCGAUAGGAUCGCCGACGUCUCGGCCGUAAUCCCAGGCAUGGAUAUUUCCAAUGUCAAGCCCGAAGACCUCGUCCUACCCCUAGAUCUCUCCAUUCCACCCCUUCCUUCCAUUCACUUCAUCGAAUGGUCCCUCGCCCCUAGCCCCGGCGCUGACGCUGACGCCAACUCUCUUUCCUCCACCGACUCGAUCCCGCCAGGUCCCCCCUCAACCGCCACUCUCAUCUUCUCCAACCUUUCCACAUCGCACACCCUCACCCUCACCCACGACAUCUCCUUCAUUUCCUCCUUCCCUUGCAUCCCUCCCGCAAACCCAAACGCCCGCCUCCUAUCUCGCACCGCCUCGAAGCGCAUCACUCUCGCCCGCCGGAGCUCUCACGGCUUCAACCCCCUCGCCUCACAUCCCCCGGACACCGAAUCCGCCGCCCCUCGCCCGAGUGUCGUUGACGCAGAAGCAGUCUUGGCUGCGCAGAAGCAAGCGAAGGCAGAGUCGGAGUGGCUCGCGCUGAAGGGGAAAGCGCUCCCUGCGCAUCCGCUGCAUGCGUCGUAUAAGUACCGGGUCGUGAGCGUGGCGGAUGUCCUAGAGGAAGGAUUUGAGGCGCCGGUUUGGGAGGAAGGAGAGGAUGGAGUAGUGGAGGUUGGGGAGGUGCUUGUGCUGGAUGCGAGGGGCGAGUGGGAUUUGGAGUUGCUGGCGAGGGCGUGGUGUGCGGAGAGGGGAGUGCAUGCGAUUAUUGGGAGGGUGGGGAGGUCGUGUAUCGGGUGUUGUGUUAGGGAGGCGAGGGGACUGGGGGUUCGGGUUGUGGUGAGGGUUUGAGGGUGGUGGUUGUCUAGAUUGUUUGAGAUACCCCUCUGAUUUCCUUUAUAGUUCAAUACAUAUGACAGCACACUUACAAACACGAAUGGUUCUCUAAUGUGAACGGGAACGUUUCAAGACGAUCGAGGAGGUGGUAUUGCGUGUAUUGUCACACACUACCUCAUCAUUUCACUUUCUAAUAUUGUGUAGAGAAAAGAAUAAACGCCCGAUGUAUUACUCAU